UCCAUGCCGCCUCUCCUGCUGGUCACCCUCUUUCUUCUCUCCUCCUGCUCCUCGGCAGGAGGAAGCAGCCCCCUCAGUGAAGGCCUGUGGUUGCUGAAGACCGAGUUUGCCCUUCACCUCUACCGGAGUGCAGCAGCAGAGAGGAAUGGGACAAAUUUUGUCAUCUCCCCCGCCAGUGUGUCCCUCUCCCUGGAGAUCCUGCAGUUUGGAGCCCGGGGAAACACUGGCUGGCAACUGGCAAGUGCCCUGGGGUAUACGGUGCAAGACCCGAGAGUGAGAGCGUUCCUGCACGCUGUUUAUACCACACUGCACAGCUCCAGUCAGGGCAUCGGGAUGGAGCUGGCCUGCACCCUUUUCAUGCAAACCGGAACGUCUCUGUCCCCCUGCUUUGUGGAGCAGGUCUCCGGGUGGGCCAACAGCACUCUGGAGCCAGGCAACUUUAGUGAGCCCAACAGCACCACCCUGGAGGUCUCUAAAGGCACAGCCAGACAGAGCACAGGUGAGGGCCCAGGUAGCCCACUGUGGGGACAGGCUGGUGCUCUGUCUACUCAGCUCUCCAUCAUGAGCACCAUGACCUUCCAAAGUACCUGGCAGAGGAGAUUCUCUUCCCUGGCCUCACAGGCCCUGCCUUUCACCUGUGCCCAUGGCCUCAUCCUUCAAGUCCCAGCGAUGCACCAAGUGGCAGAGGUCAGCUAUGGUCAGUUCCAGGAUGCUGCGGGCCAUAAAGUAGAUGUUCUAGAGCUGUUGUACCUGGGAAGGGUGGCCAGUUUGUUCCUGGUGCUUCCGAAAGACAAGGAUACCCCUCUGGACCUCAUUGAACCGCACCUCACAGCCAGAGUCAUCCAUCUCUGGGCCACCAGGCUGAAGAGAACCAGGAUGGAUGUGUUCCUCCCCAGGUUUCGGAUCCAAAAUCAGUUUGACUUAAAAAGCAUUUUGAGAUCAUGGGGUAUCACUGAUCUUUUUGACCCACUCAAAGCUAACUUGAAAGGAAUUUCAGGACAAGAUGACUUUUAUGUUUCUGAAGCAACCCACAAGGCCAAGAUGGAGCUUUCAGAGGAGGGCACCAAGUCAUCGGCAGCCACAGCUGUGGUGCUGCUGAGGAGGUCCCGGACUCCUGCUUUUAAAGCAGAUCGGCCCUUCAUCUUUCUUCUGAGAGAACAUAGCACAGGUACUGACUCGUAA